CUCGCUCUCUCUCUCCGGUCCGUGAUGGCCUCCCCUAGGCUGGAGACUUUCUGUUGCCCGAACCGAGACGCAGCUACGGAGUUUGUGGUCACCUUCCAGCCUGUCUUGUUCGGGGCUUUGACUGUCGGCAGCGCGUCCCUCAGCCUCAUACUCUCUAUUCUACAACUGCUGCCAAAACGCAAAGGAUACAGAAGACUUGGGCAAUAUCCUGUGCCAAGGCCUGCGUCCUCAUCACGAAUAUUGUUCAUCAUCAGCAUUUGUGACAUACUAGGAUGUACAGGUAUCAUCGUAAGGUCAUCUGUCUGGCUUGGCCUACCCAACAUCAUCGACCGCAUCUCGGUGGCCAACAGCACUGUUGUCUGGCCAGAGGUCUUUUGCGUUGGAAGUGCAAUGUGGAUCCAGUUGUUUUUCAGCGCCUCUUUUUGGUGGACCUUUUGUUAUGCCGUUGACGUCUUCCUGGUGGUGAAAACAUCUGCAGGAAUCAGCACCAUUAUCCUCUACCACAUGAUUACAUGGGGUCUGGCUGUGCUGCUGUGUGUUGAAGGAGUGGCCAUGCUCUACUACCCAUCCAUCUCAGAUUGUGAACAAGGCCUCCAGCACGCUAUACCUCACUAUGUCACCACAUACGCACCAAUGCUGCUGGUCCUGGUGGCCAACCCAGUCUUUUUUAGUAGGACAAUAUCUGCAGUGACAUCUCUACUGAAAGGGCGGCAAGGAAUCUACACAGAAAAUGAGAGACGGCUUGCCAACGAGAUUAAAAUACGCUUCUUUAAAAUAAUGCUGGUGUUCUUUAUUUGCUGGGUGCCCAACAUCAUCAAUGAGAGCCUCCUCUUCUACCUGGAGAUGCAGGCGGACAUCAAUGACAACAGUUUCAGGAACAUCAGGAAUGCAGCCCUCAUCACAUGGUUUAUAAUGGGUAUUCUGAAUCCCAUGCAGGCUUUCCUCAACACUCUGGCCUUUCAUGGCUGGACAGGAUUUGAUGUUGACCUCAGCCUGCAGCGGAGGAGGGAGCUGGCCUGGGACUCGGUCUCUACCUCAGUGCCAAACACAGGAGGUCCCAUAGGGGGAGCCACUCUGCUCUACCAGGGUCACGUCCAGGAUGGCAAAAAGAGCAUGAUGGGUAAUGGCCAGCAACAUUCUGAUGCCAUCAGUGUUCUCUCAGAAGGUUCAGAGUCUAGUACAAUUGAAAUCCGCAUUUCCAGCGAGCUACGAGACUUUGAGGAUGUAGACGCUGAUGGAGAAUCCUUGGAGAACUCAGUGAGGCACUAGCUGGGGUCAUCAACAACCCGCCUUGCUCUACUUUGCUGUGUGACAUUGUUCUUUUAGUUACUUUUGUUUUAAGUUUGUUUCUUCUUAGCUCCUUUAAUUGUCCUGUUGAUAUUUUCCCAGAUAUUAACUGGUUAUGAAAUUUCA